ACGACCAAAGAGAGCUGGAACUGCUGCCAGUAGCUGUGGCAUGGUAUGGGAUUGUUGGAUAAGAAAUUAAGGAGCGCUCGUUUGUUUGUAAUGUGAAGCCAUGGAGGAUGACUGCAAACCACUUGGCAGGUCAUGAUCAGGAUCCCACUGAGACCCAGAUUUAAAGGGCUUCAAAUCAAGUGGUGAAGUUGUCUCAUGUACGGUAGAUUUCCACUCUUGCCCUCCCGCUUUUACUUCUUCAGACAUGGACACUGAGCAGUCCAAUAUUCCCUCACAGGACACCGAGACCAAACAAGAUGGCAGAGAAGAUGCUGCUGUGGACGCCGAACUCGCCAAAGACAUAAUGUCCCGAUGUUUUCAUCCAUCUCGUCUUGGUCCCGAGCCCUGGGAGGGAUAUAUUUUCUCUGAUCUGGAGAUCCGAAUCAAAGAGUCCACUGACAUCUAUGGAGCUGUGCUGUGGCCAUCAGCAAUGGUGCUGUGUCAUUUCUUAGAGACCAACCAAGACAAAUACAACUUGGCAGACAAAAAUGUGAUUGAACUGGGAGCUGGGACUGGGCUGGUCACCAUCGUGUCUAGUCUCUUAGGGGCGAAGGUGACUUCCACUGAUCUACCAGAUGUGCUGGGGAACCUCCGUUACAAUGUCAUGCGCAACAUUAAGGACCGAUGCAAAUACAUCCCUCAGAUCACUGAGCUCACCUGGGGUCAGGAGCUGGAUCAGCGUUUCCCCAGAGCCACUCACCAUUUCGACUACAUACUGGCAGCGGACGUGGUGUACGCCCACCCUUACCUGGAAGAGCUGAUGGACACCUUUGACCACCUGUGCCAGGAACACACGCAGAUACUUUGGGCGAUGCGUUUCAGACUGGACAAAGAGAACGGCUUUGUGGGGCGCUUCCAGCAGCGCUUCCAUCUGGAGGAGCUGUAUGACCUCCCCAGUUUGAGUAUCAAAUUGUACCGAGCCCAGAGGAAGGACCGGACGACCAAGGACCACAGAGGCACCGACGUCUGAACGGACGAAGGCACAAUGUAUUUGUGUUUGAUUAAAUUCUAGUUAUCAACAGCAGUCUAUCACUUUUGGCUUUAAUAUUACAUAUCAGGCAACCAGUGAUAAAAGUGACUCAGAUUUCAUUGUUUGCAACAUCAGGCUGUUGGAAGUAUGGUGAGAAAUUAAUUACACUAUGUCUAUAAUUAUGUCAAAUCCUUGUAAAGUGAGUUUAGUUGUGUUUUCAUUUCUUGAAACAAGCAGUUUACACCCACAGACUCCACGGCUCCUCCUCCUGACAGUGUGCCAUGUUUGGGUCGCACUGGGUCAAAGUAAAGGCUUUCGUGUUUUACAUGUUUUGGUCUCAUCCAUAAGCAAGCAGAAUUUGGAGCAACUAGUGGUCAACAGUCGCUUAAUUCCAAAAAAGGAGCAUCGGUUUACAAAAGAUUGACCAGUCAGACAAAGUUCUCCAAAUAGAAUGGACUCUGCAAUCUCAGCAGUGUUUAAUAAACUCUGGAAAAGUGUGUGGGUGUUUAGACGUUGUGUCGACAUAGAUGUUCUCGAAUUUAGAUCAAAGAGGAAUACUGAAAUUGGCAUUUUCCCAAGAUGGCGCGCAGAAAGAGGUUAACACAGAUGAGGUAUUACCGAAAUACGAACUAGGUUGGAAUUUUAAAAGGGAAACGUAAAAAAGUCAGGUAGAGUGUCAUGACAGGGUGCUCACCUUCCUGCUCUCUUAUUUAUCCUAAUGAAUCACAUGUGGCACCACUGGAUACAAAUGCAUCGAGUGUGUCCUUUUUUCAAGCUGCCCUUUAAAUACCUUUGAGUUAAAGUUAAAAAGAUUUCCAGGUAAAGAAGGCUAAUGUUUUGCUAAAUCAUGUGGAAAACUAAAAGAGAGAUGCAUCCAGUAAUGUCAACAUUUGCAAACUGACAGAUUUGGUCAGUGUUAUAUUUAUAUAUUUUUAAAUGCUUUAAUGUAUAUCAAUCUAUUUUAUGUCAACCACAAAGUUAUACUUGAGUGUACCUAAAAAGGGGAAAAACAUUGGUUUGAAAACAAAAAAAAUUCAUUGUUAUAUUUUUCAUGCAAAGAAGGUCAUAAUGGAAAUAAUCAUUGAAUCAAUAAUAAUCAAUAAUAACAAUUAAUGAAGCAAUUAUUUCUUAAAUCAAAGGUAAUGCCUUCACAUAAAAUACAUUCUAAUGAAAGAAACCAUAGAUCCUCCUUUUUUUUUUUUUUAAAUAAUGUCACAGAGACACAGUUCAGGAUCCCAUUUUAGCCUGGUCAUUACAAAUGUUUGACUCCUGUGAUCAUUGCUUGAACUGGCUCAUCCACCAUAUUUAGCAAAUGUAUGACAUUUUUAUAGCAUCUAGUAAACAGUUUUAAUGUUUGUGUAAUAUUUGUUUUUUACGCAUUGGUUGGACCUUCCUAGAUAAGGAGGUCAAGAAAAAUAUCUCAUCCCAUACUGGACAGUGUGUGCUGCUUCAGUAUCACCAACAACUGUGGCAUAAACAAACUUUUCAUUUUCUGGAAACUCACCAGUUAGUUUAAAUGGCUUGGAGAGAGUAAGUUGAAGUCACUUGCUAUUAAUGUGACCCAUUAAAUCCGAUUCUAAAUCCUGUCAUGCCUUGUCUUUUUGCCCAUUUGUCCUUUGGCUGUCGAACAAA